AUGGAGCUCUUCAAGGACGCGCGGUCCGUGCGGCUCAGGAGCCACCUGGGCACGUACCUCUGCGCGCUCGACGGCGUGGCCGUUUCCCACGGCCACCGCCGCAACUCCCGCGGCACGGUCUGGGCCGUGGAGCUCGCCGGCGACGACUACGUGCGCCUCCAGGGCCACCGGGGCCUCUACCUCGGCGCCACCGAGCUCCCCGCCGACGUCCUCGGCCGCGGCCGCGGCACCCGGGCCUGCUGCGGGGUCGUCCUGGGCUCACCGUCCUGCCCCAACGACAACGCCUUCCUCUGGUCGCCGCUGCGCGAGGGCGAGCACCUCGCGCUGUCCGGGCCCUACGGCCGCCUCCUCCGCGCCAGGUUCGGGCACACGGCGCAGGACAACGCCGUCACCGUCGACCUGGACGCCGACCCGGAGGAGAGCUCCUGGGUCGUCGAGGUCGUCCCGGCCGCGGAGGCGGCGCUGCUGCUGCCGCCGUCGCCACGCCCCUGCCGCGCCCAGUCCUGCAACGCCCGCUUGGAGGCGGACACGUCGGAGUCGGACACGGCGUCCAGCGUCCUCGCCAGGGUGCGCUCCGCCAAGGACAUGACGAGUUCACUUGCUACGGUCGAGGAGGAGCCCCUGUCGAUGCCGGCCGCGCGGCUGAUCUUCUACAACACCGCCAGGGACGACGGCGGCGUGGACGAGUUCGACGAGGGGACGUGGAAGUACUUCUCGUUCAAGGAGCAGAGCCUGGCGGCGCUGCACCGCAGGCUGGAGGAGGAGACCCGGCGGCAUGACUUCGUCGUCUGCCGCAGGAGCGGCCCGGGGCUGUUCCCCGUCGUCCUGGACCUCCCUCCCGGCAGCAGCCAGAUGGAGUUCGUCCUCGUCCCGGCGCCUUCUCCUGCAGUGGCAGACGUUCUAGAAAAUGACAUGGAGUAG